UUCAAAAAAAAAAAAAAAAUUGACAUGAAAUGAUCAAGUACGUACAAUAGACAUAUACUCCGUAGUAAUUAAAAUUAGUUAAACGCAAAUUAAAAUUUCUUCCCAACUCCCAACACAACCUACCCCAUUGCCACCUAAGUCUUCUCCAAUUGCGUUUUUUUGGUACUUUGGUCUGUAAUCUCAACUUCACUAAACUUGUUUAGAUCUGAAUAUCUCUCUGUCUUAAAUUUUACCACUAAAAAUUCCUUGACAACCCUUAAAAACCCACCUAUUUUUACCAUAAAUUCCGUAAUUAUUUUCUUGACUAAUUCUUAUAGUGCUAUUUAAAGUUCUAAUUUUCCUACCAUCAUCAAAUAAAUUUAGCCUAUGCUUUUUGAGUAUUAUAUCUUUCAACUUUAUUAUAAUUUCUACUAUAUUAUCAUCACCUACCAUACAAAGAUUUCUUCUCUUUAGUACCUACUUUCUUCAAAAGGGGUUGUUCUUGUUCUUCUCUUUUUUUUAAUAGCCACCAAACUCUUCGAAUUUCAUUUUUUGAUCAAAAUUAAGAAAAAAAGUUUUGAUCUUUGGAAGAGAUGAUGAUAACUAAUUUGAAACAGCCCACAAUUUCUUUCACAAAUCCCAAUGUUUUGAGGCAAAAAUCUCAAAUACCCACAUGCCAAAUUGCCAAUUUUUCCCCAAAAAUUUGUCGAAAAUCCGAUCUUUUGAUCCAAAAACCCCUAAAAUUUUCAAAUUUUGAUGUAAAGGGGCUAGGUUUUGGUAAUGGGUUUUUGAGGGAGAGAAAAUCUGUGAUCAAGUGUGAAGCAUAUGAAGCAGAUCGAUCAGAACCCAUUGAUGAUGAAGUAGUAGAGCUUCCUGGUGAAGCUGCUAGGAAGGUUAAAAUUGGAAUUUACUUUGCAACAUGGUGGGCUUUGAAUGUUGUAUUUAAUAUUUACAACAAAAAGGUUUUGAAUGCAUUUCCAUACCCUUGGUUAACCUCCACUUUGUCCCUUGCUAUGGGUUCUUUGAUUAUGUUGGUGUCUUGGGCAACUAGGGUUGCUGAGGCUCCUUCUACUGAUAUUGAUUUUUGGAAGGCACUUCUUCCUGUUGCUGUGGCACAUACAAUUGGACAUGUAGCCGCCACUGUCAGCAUGUCAAAGGUCGCGGUUUCAUUUACACACAUAAUUAAGAGUGCUGAACCUGCUUUCAGUGUUGUAGUCUCAAGAUUCUUGUUAGGCGAGUCCUUUCCAACAGGAGUGUACUUGUCACUGCUUCCCAUCAUUGGAGGUUGCGCGCUUGCAGCUGUCACUGAGCUUAACUUCAACAUGAUUGGUUUUAUGGGAGCGAUGAUAUCAAAUUUGGCAUUUGUCUUCCGCAACAUAUUUUCCAAGAAAGGCAUGAAAGGGAAGUCUGUCAGUGGGAUGAACUACUACGCUUGUCUGUCAAUUCUCUCUCUUGUACUUCUCACUCCAUUUGCAAUCGCCGUGGAGGGACCCCAAAUGUGGGCUGCUGGAUGGGAGAAGGCUGUUUCUCAAAUUGGACCCAACUUUAUUUGGUGGGUGGCCGCCCAAAGUGUGUUUUAUCACCUCUAUAAUCAAGUAUCAUACAUGUCACUGGAUGAAAUUUCUCCUUUGACGUUUAGCAUAGGGAACACAAUGAAGCGUAUAUCUGUCAUUGUCUCCUCCAUCAUCAUUUUCCGAACACCUGUCCAGCCUGUAAAUGCACUUGGAGCUGCCAUUGCUAUAUUCGGGACCUUCUUGUAUUCUCAGGCUAAGCAAUAAGGAAUCAAGAUAUCCGAGUUGAAUGUAGAGCUAAAGUGUUUACAAGAGCAGAGGUAUUAGGUGGUGUGGAAGUUGAAUAUUUUCUUCCAGGAAUUUAAGGCCACUGGAUUUUGAUAAGGUUGGAUUGGCAUGGCAUGGCUGGUUUACAUGUUGUAGAUAAUAAGAUAGUACCUCCGUCCGUAGGAUUUUUAUAAUAAUCAUACACAACCGUCCGUAGCAUGGAGACGAGGCGGAUAAAUUUUAUCUGCCUUUGUGUGGCCCAUGAAAGAUCUUUGAAGUUUCAAAUAAAACAAGUUUGAAAACCUCCGUCUGUCUUUUGGUGCAAAAGUGCCCAGUAUACUGAUUUUAUGUAUUUUAUGCGUUUUUUCCCGGUAAAUUCUGUUCUGUUGUGUUAUGACUUAUGAGUACCUUCAAAGAGAUGUUCGGAUUGAUUGCUAGACUAUUGUGUAUCGUACAUGAAUGAUUCUUCGUAAUAGAGAUGAGUAUAUUUUGUUUCCAGAUUA